CGUCAAAGCCACAUUUUUCCACUUGGAAGGGCGAAUUACUGAUGCAAAAGAGCCCAGAUAUGCCGUCCUCCCGCUUCCAUGUCCCUUGAAUCAAAUUAAUCGCAGAUAUUUCUGGUCUAGUGACCAACUGCAGGCGGGCCCUGCAUUGUGCCCAGGUGCCCCAGCCCAAUCGCCCUGUCUGGCCCGCACUCGGGAGGCUGAGGUAGUUCUCAAUUUGGUUGUCGCAGGGUGGCGUCUUGCCCAGACUUUUGUCGCGUCGUCAUCGCGCCAUCCCCCAACCUGGUUAACCUCAUUCGAAUUGGGAUUGAGGUUCCAGCAGGUGCUUUCUUGGUCAUCCCGCCGGUCCAGGGCAGAUCUGAAUAUUGAUCGUUGCCAAUCCUUCUUGUCCUGCUUCGACUUGCUUUGUUUGUUAUUCUGUAAUUCUUGCCGCCGCCGGCCCCUGUUAUCAGUAUUAAUCGCGUCCGUUUGUUUCGGCGGUUUGUUGUCGGCCUCUCCACCGGACACCCGCGAUGCAGUUGGUGUCUUUGACGCCGCUCUCCAGACAGUUUUGAUCCGCCCGAUUCCGUGAGACAUGACAAAGUCCAGGAUACUGAGGCCUCAUACGUCGCGACGAGCCUCUAUCCCGAAAGACAGUGAUUUUGAUCACGAGAUAGCCCUCGUCGAGGAGGACACCCAUCUUGAGAGCAGCGCUAGUCCUGAGCCCGCCGAUCCGGGGAUUGGACCAUCAACACCUUCGGCAGAUGCUCCUCCUGCAACCACGGGGAGACGUGCAUCCUCUGCCUCCAACCGCCCGCAAUCGUCAGAUGGCGACCGCCCACUGUCGCCAAGGUCCCAUCGGCGCAGCAACGUGGGAGCGAAAGCAGCACCGACAAUAGCAGUAGAACAACCAACACCCUUUGAGCCAGCAGUUUCGACAUUGGCACAUCGUGAUGGGACAGGCUUCUCACGGGAAGUCAACUCGGCCAUCGAUAUCCUCUACGAAAACGAGCGCGGCGCCCUGUGUUGCGGCCGCCCGCUCUUCGCGUCCCAGGCGCUGGGGAACCUCGAUCCCCCUGCUUGGACAAACGUAGCGCACAAGCCGAGUCCCACGGAUAUCCGAACGGCACAGGUCCCAGACCCCAGCUGGGAUUGGGCGUGGCCCGAGUGGCGGGUCAACCACGAGGAGCAGGGCACGGAUAAGGAUGGAUGGGAGUACUCGUUCGCUUUUCACAAAAAGUUCUCAUGGCACGGUCCAAAGUGGUGGAACUCGUUCGUCCGCAGGCGCGCCUGGACCCGCCGGCGCGUCAAGAAGGACCAGAUCCGCCAGGCUCACGGCGGUAGCCUACUUCAACCUGAGUAUUUCACCGUCAGGUCCUCGGCCGAGAUGGCUCGCCGUCGUAGCUCCGCCGAGUCUAGUGGGCUAGGCAGCAAACGCGGAAGCAUGAUGAGCGUCAGUAUAGCCUCGCAAGCGACAGGGGGCGCGGACGCCGAAAAGCCUGACAUCAGAGACGUCCAAGAGCUGCUGCUGGCCCUGCGAGCCUGCCGCAUCGAUAGAGAGAAGAUCGAGGCGCUGGAGAACUACCUCGAGAACGGAGACGAGGACGAUCUCGUCAACCUGGAAGCAAAGAUGCCAGAGGUCAUGGGCUUCUUCGUCUUUCAGACCUCCCGCCGGCUGUUGGUGCAGCGACUCACCGAACUGCACGAUCAAACGCAGGCGGAGGCGGGGCAGCAAAAGGAUGAGGCGACAAGAUCGAGCAGGGCCGUGGCAACGGAAGAAGCCCUCGCGGCUGCUCUCAGGCGCGCGGACGAGGAAGUAAAACGCCUCGAGUAUUGGAGCGAUGUUAAGGAGGUGGCCGAGACGGGGCACUCGCACGGUGCUGUCGACGGCAAAUGCGGAUGGGAUGAUUCGUGGGAGGGUGUCGACAACAGUGGCCCAGCCGCCCCAGACCCGCAGGCGAAGAAGUAGGACAUGAUCAACAUGAUCAGGAAGCUGUCCGCUAAUCAUUGGAUAUACUAGUCAUAUAUUGCUGUUAUUGUAUCCUCGCUGUAUGCCCUGUCUACUCAUUAAUACAGCCAAAAAUGGUAAGCAGUAUGGGCACUGUGCGGGGUUUCUGCCACAUUUGACCGC